AUGAAGCAGAUCUCCUCAUUUCUUCGGAUCGAGAAACGGCCAGAGUCAAUCUUCCUUGCCCUCAACAAGAAGCAGCACCGUGGUUCCUGCCAGUGGUUGACCAGCAACGAUGUUUUCCAAGCAUGGGUGAAUGGGUACACCGAUAUGGCUGGGUUACCCGGAAGUUCAAGCGGUCAUUGCCCCAGAAUUCUGUGGCUGUCUGGGCGACCAGGAACGGGCAAAUCGAUCGCUUCCACUCAUGUCGUCAAAUAUCUGGAGUCGCACAAACUGGACUGCAGCUUCUACUUCUUUCGACACAACGACCGGUCCGGAGCGAAUGUGGCAUCACUAUUGCGAUCACUGGCGUUUCAAAUGGCCGAGGCUAACUACCAGGCUAGGCAGGCCAUCAUGAGGAUGGUAGAAGACGAAGUUGUGAUUGACGAGGAUGGCCAUUACACGCUGACGAGCAAUGGAUCGACCUUCAGAGCCCUCAAAUUCUGGGUCAUCGAUGCUGUGGACGAGUGCGCACAAGAAUCCCUCUCACUAGUUGUCUCGAUGGUCUCCAAACUGGAGAAGACUGUGCCACUGCAUAUCUUCGUCACCAGACGUCCCGGCGGGGAAUUACAAAGGCUGUGUAACCACGAAGGGACUCGAUUCUUCGAUCUUUCAACGGGCCUGUCCGGCUCCUUGAAGGACAUCGAAACAUUUAUUCAUGCCAGAUGCCCCCAACUGGAGGACGAUCAGACCCGCGAAUUAUUCGUCUCGGAUAUCCUGUCAAAGACUAAAGAAGUUUUCCCUGGGCGUCGUUGA